AUGGAUCCGCUAAGCUUAACAGCCAGCAUCGCAGGUCUGCUCAGCCUUACCGUCCAGGUCACCGAGAUCAUCUCCGAGUACAUAAGCACUGUCAAAAACGCCGAGCAAGAAUCUCUCGAACUCAGACAAGAGCUUCGUUCAUUCUGCGAAGUACUGAAGCAGCUGGAGCAAUUCCUUAAUGGCGAGAACGGACCCCCUCCACGGUUCGAGGGCACAACCGCCCUAUAUACUUCGAUCCAAACCUGCCACGCGACACUCAAUUCACUCUCGACAAUUCUGCAGAAGUUCCAGGAAGAAGACCCAGGGAAGAAAUGGUACCGAAAGUUAAUCUGGUCUCUCAAACGUGACGGGAAGAUGGAAACUAUCGCCAUAGUCCAGCGCUGCAUCCAGAUAUUCCAAUUUUCGUUGACAAUAGAAGGAUGUGAUGUCCUCUCAAAAACCCUGGAUGAAGUUCUCACAAUUCGUCAAACGCAGCUAUCCACAUCGAAUAACGUCACGGAAAUUGUUGAGCUUGUCAAGAAGAUUCAGAUCGAUAUUGACAAAAAAGGGGAUUCGCAUUAUAGUAAGAUGAGCGAAAUCCAUAAGAAGCAGAUGGACGAUGAACGCCAGAGAUUGCUGAAUUGGAUCAGCGGCUCAAUUGACCCGUCAUCGCAUCAUAACAGGGCCAAUUCCAACAGACAACCAGAGACUGGUCUCUGGUUUCUGGAGUCGGACGAUUUCAGCACCUGGAUCAAGUCGCCAGGCUUGCUGUGGCUGCACGGCAUUCCUGGUUGUGGCAAAACGGUUCUCUGCUCAACGAUCAUCGAGGCUGUCAAUGAAGUGUGCUCUUACGGCACGGCUGGAAAGCUAGCGUACUUCUACUUCAAUUUUCAGGAUUUCCAAAAUGAUUCCCAAAAGGGGGACCUGUUCAUGUCCGACCUCUUGCGGUCGCUGCUCAGACAACUCUGUGCCAACGAGCCUACACUACCGGAUCAAGUCCAAGCAAUGUAUGCCCGGCACCGCCCGGCCGGAUCAAACCCUACCAUCGAGGAGUCAACGUCUGCCCUGUACGCUGUUAUUGACCACCUGGCCAAAGAUGUAUACAUCAUACUGGAUGCGCUCGACGAAUAUCCAGAGAAUGCAAACAAUGCGCAAAGGAAAAAAAUGCUGAAGAUGAUCGCUCAAAUGGUCGAUGGUCGUUUCCAGAACCUCCACAUCCUAGCAACGAGCCGGAAAGAGUGGGAUAUCGAGGCGGCUCUAGGGAAUCUAGCAAAUGGCGGUGUCCCCAUCCAGGGCCCUUGGGUCGACAGUGAUAUCCGAAGGUACAUACGAUCCUGUCUGGAGGAAAAUCCGUUGAGCAGAUGGCCGGACAAGAUCAAAGCCAGCAUCGAGACGAGGCUCAGCGAGGGGGCUAAUGGAAUGUUUCGCUGGGUUGUCUGCCAGCUUGAUAUGCUGGGGGAGUGCACAAAAGUCAGCUCCAUCCAAAAAGCACUGACCGAGUUACCAGAGACUCUGGACAAGACAUAUGAGCGGAUCCUGGACGGAAUUCCGAGAAGCAACAAGGGCGAUGCUCGAUCCAUUCUUCAGUGGCUCGCAUACUCGAAACGCCCUUUAACCCUGGAGGAGGUCGCGGAGGCUGCGAUUCUGAGACCCAGAGAAGACUCGAUGAACCCGGAGGAACUAUGCGACCCUUCAGAAGUUUUGCGCAUAUGCCGCAGCCUCGUUACGCUCUCAACAGAGACAGUCUUGAUCUGUGCCCGUUUCUGGGAGGUUAAAGUCGUCAGGUUCGCCCAUUUCUCCGUCCUCGAAUACUUGACAUCUGGACGGUCGGGCUCCUUCUCUGUUUCUGCCACAGAGGCUCACAGCUAUAUCGGUGAAUGCUCCAUUUCGGUUCUCCGCAAGUUGGAUCAGCCUUCACGAUCAGAUGAGGAUGAAGACGAGGUUGCAGAGGAAAACACAGACGAGGAUGUCCCUAACGGUGUCGAACAGCAUACAGACGAUGGCCGAGACGAAGAUGCAGGCGGAAGCCCGUUGGCCAAAUACGCAGCGGAGCACUGGUAUGAACAUGUCCGCGAGGUUGAGAAGGUGAACGACGGACUUUCGGAAAUCUCGGACAGCACAUACCGGUUCCUCGGCGAAACUUCUCCUCGUUGCUUUUUGAGAUGGCUCCAACUAUACGAUCCUCGAACAGGAAUUGACUUACAAGGGAAGGGAGAGUGCUUCCCGCUGUACUACUCGUCACUGCUAGGCCUUAUCAACGCCACCCGCCGUCUGAUCGAGAGCGGUGCCGAUGUUAACGAGCAAGUUCCAUGGUAUAGCGGUGCACUUCAUGUAGCCGCGAUCAUGGGUCACUAUGAGAUCGCUCAGAUUCUGCUUGAAUCCGGAGCAGAUAUCAAGCGAUGGGAUAAAAUCCAUGGCACAGCAUUGGAAUGUUGCGCAGCCGCAGGACAUCUGCGUGUCUGCCAGCUUCUUAUCGAUCACGGAGCCAACGUGAAUGGUGCGGGCCGUCGUGACCAUGGCAGUGCACCGCUGGCGGCCUUGGACUCACUGAACCUGUCCAAAUCGGAUGCGACUGCAAUUGUCCAGCCGCUGCUUGCACAAGAAGCCGACAUUAACCCGACAUGCCAAACGCUGGGCUCUCCACUGGGUCUGGCAUUGAAGACAGGGAAGGAGCAGAUUGUGCUGGAUCUGCUGGGACGCGGCGCUGAUGUCAACAGGGCAGGUCUCACUGGCCAUCGCAGAUCAGGGUUUGAACAUGAACGUCGGGACAGUACCCUAGGACGUGGAACUCCCUUACAGGAAGCUGCAGCCAAUGGACAUGCUCAGAUUGUGCGGAUGUUACUGGACGCAGGGGCCGACGUCAACGCUCCGGCGGCUGGGAGGUCUGCCUAUCCGGGCACGGCUCUACAGCGGGCCUCGAGAGGGGGACAUCUUGAGGUUGUUCGAUUGCUGCUUGAUAAAGGGGCGGACAUUAACGCUCGCAGUGGAGAUCGCAUUGGUACUGCUCUACAGCAAGCUUCAGAGCUGGGACGUUGUGAAAUUGUUCAAUUGUUACUCGAUAAAGGAGCCGAUGUCAACACUCCGGGUGGAGAGUGGAUCUCUACUGCUUUACAGGCAGCCUCGAGACGGUAUCUUGAGAUUGUCCAAUUACUACUCGAUAAAGGGGCCGAUGUCAACGCUCCGAGCAGAAGGUACUGGUCUGGCAAUGCUCUACAGGUAGCCUCGGCGAAUGGACGUCCUGAAAUUGUUCAAUUUCUCCUUGAUAAAGGAGCCGACAUCAACGCUCCGAGUACAGGACAGGCUGGUACUGCUUUACAGGCAGCCUCAAAAAAGGGGCACCUUAGUAUUGUUCAAUUACUGCUGAAUAAAGGGGCCGAUGUCAACGCUCCGUGUACAAAACUUGUUGGUACUGCUUUACAGGCAGCCUCAAAGAUCGGACAUCGUGAAAUUGUUCAAUUACUGCUUGAUAAAGGGGCCGAUGUUAACGCUCUGGGUGAGGACACCGCUCUCAGAGAAGCUUCGGCAAAUAACAAGCUUGAGGUUGUUCAGUUGUUGCUCGAUCACGGUGCGGAUGUCAACGCUGCAGGUGGAGGUAGGGGCACUGCCCUACAGUCAGCCUGCUGGAUGGGACGUCUUCGAAUUGUUCAGUUGUUGCUUGAUCACGGUGCGGAUGUCAACGCUCGGGCGGAUAUGGAGUUCUUGUUCCGACGUUACAGGAGAGAAAAGGUCAGCACCGCACUGCAGUGUGCUGUGGCGGGUGGCUUUCCGGACAUCGUCCAGCUGUUGAUUGACUCUGGCGCAGACAUCAACGCGACAGAUGAAAACGGCCGCACAGCGGUAGAACUGGCAAAAAGCCUUGAAAGGGUGGAAGCAAUUCAGAUAGCGGUUGAGAUAUUGCUCAAGCACGGAGCAACGGGGGCAGAGGCGGACUGA